AUGCCUGUCGCAUACGCCAACCUCCAGCCGCACACGCGCGACUCGCUGGAGCUCGCGUCCCUGGCCAGCUCCAGCCAGGUCGAUGCGGGCUCGAAUGCAAGCGGUGCCGACGGCGGCGUGGCGUCGUCGCGGCCCAGCAUCUCGUCGUCGCGCAAGGCGUCACUCGAGCGCGAAGACCCGCUCGACUUUCACAACCCGGCCGCCCUGGGCCGCCGCGACAGCGACGACUACGACGAGGAAAACGACGACGGCAACCGGCCAUUACGAUACGGCGGCAGCGGCGGCGGCAGCGGCAGCGGCAGCGGCAGCGGGGCACGACCGGGCGGCCAUGGCCGCACAUUCUCCGUCUCGUCGGGCUUCGACCUGGCCGCCAACCUGUUUCCACUCUCGUCGACCGCCGGCGGCGACGGGUACGCGCCCAUUGGCGCGCCCACGUCGACGGCGGCCGGCAGCGGCGGCGGUCUGCUGGGCGCGGGCUCGCUCGAGCGGCACAAGACGCUGACGUUUCUCAACGGGCUGUCGCUGAUCGUCGGCUUGAUUAUCGGCUCCGGCAUCUUCUCGUCGCCGAGCCUGGUCAACGCCAACGUCGGGUCGCCCGGCGCGGCGCUGCUGGUGUGGGUGGUGGCGGGCGUGCUGGCGUGGACGGGGGCGGCGAGCUACGCGGAGCUGGGCGGGGCGAUCCCGCUCAACGGCGGGUCGCAGGUGUACCUGGCCAAGAUCCUGGGCGAGCUGUUUGGGUUUUUGUUCACGUGGGUCGCCGUGCUGGUGCUCAAGCCCGGCAGCGCGGCCAUCAUCGCGCUCAUCAUGGGCGAGUACCUGGUGCGCGCCGUCGUGGGCGCCGACGCCGUCGACGUCAGCCCCUGGAUCAACAAGUCCGUGGCGCUGCUGGGCGUGCUGCUGGUGACGCUCAUGAACGGCGUCUCCACCAAGCUGGGCACGCGCGUCAACGACCUGCUCAUGUUCCUCAAGUUCGUGGCGCUGCUGGGCGUCACCGUCACGGGCAUCGUCGUGGCCGCCACGGGCUACGCGUACGCGGGGCAGCCGAGCCUCGACUGGAAGACGCGCGCGUGGUUUGCCGGCACGAAGCUGGACGCGUCGGCCUGGGCCGUCGCCGUGUACGCGGGGCUCUGGGCCUUUGACGGCUGGGACAACACCAACUACGUCGUCGGCGAGUUCCGGAACCCGCGCCGCGACCUGCCGCGCGUCAUCCACACGGCCAUGCCGCUCGUCAUUGGCUGCUACGUGCUGGCCAACGUGGCCUACUUCUUGGUCCUGUCGCUCGACGCCAUCAACGCCACCAACACCGUCGCCGUCGUGUUCGGCGCCAAGGUCUUUGGCCCCGUCGGCGCCCUCGUCUUUGCGCUCGUCGUCAGCGCCUCGUGCUUUGGCGCCCUCAACAGCUCGACGUUUACCAGCAGCCGGCUCGUGUACGUCGCCGGCCGCGAGGGCUACCUGCCGGCCGUGUUUGGGCGCAUCGGCCUGGGCGCGGGCGACGAGGCCGGCGGCGCCGGCGGCGGUCCUUUGGGGGCCUUGGGCGGCGGCAGCAGCGGCAGCGGCGGCGGCGGCAGCGGUGGCCGUCUCCGCACACGCAUCCACGCGCCGCACAGCCGCUCCUGGCUCGGCCGCCUGUUUGCGCGCCUCGUGGCCGACGAGGACACGGGCCUCUUCUUCACGCCCAUCUACGCGCUCGCGCUCAACUGCGCGCUGACGUGCAUCUACGUCUUUGUGGGCGAGUUCGGCACGCUGCUCACGUUUUACGGCGAGCCGCACCUGGAGCGGCCCUACAAGGUGUGGAUCACGACGCCCAUCAUCUUUUGCUGCGUCUCGCUCUUCCUGCUGAGCCGCGCCGUCUUUGGCCAGCCGCUGCAGACGGUCAUUGUCGUGGGCUUUGUGCUGGCCGGCGUGCCCGUCUACUACUGGCGCGUCUGGUCGCAGCGCCGCAGCGGCAGCAAGCGGGAGCGCGGCGACGGCGGCGACGGUGACGGUGUGCCGUGGUACAAGUUUUGGCAGACAUGGCGCCGGUGA